GUCCGCUGAAAUGGAAAAACGAACAACCCCGCUCCAAAUCCUGGAUACGGGCCUGCUAUAUUUUAGCCCAUUUGUUUGACGGGUUUGAUGAAGACGAUAAUGGCGGGAAAUACAACCGGGCCGCGCGCGAAAUAAGAAAAAGCGCGGGAAAAAGUUGCUGGCGCGAGCGGUGGACAAACAUUCCGUUUCUGUUUCUCAUCAAGUUGAGCGGAGUUGAGCGUCGUCGACAUUCUGCGAAAACUACCCAUUUAUUUUACAAUUAUUAAUUGACAUUCAUAGUCGCUAUGCCUUUGAACCCCAAAAGAAACAAACCGGCUGCAAAAUCAUCAAAACUGGAUACCUCUGGCUUUGACGAAUUUGACGACGAUUUGAUGAUAGGCGAGCAAGAAACUGCACCUGUUCAGGUGAAAGCUACUGUAGAGCAACCUAAAAGAAGCAGAAAACGAACUGUUAUCGAGCAAACGCCCGACGAAAACUUCUAUGAUGACCAAGAUGAGGAAGAAACUCCAGCUAAAGGGACCGAGCUUGAGAUGUCCACUCUUUUGAACGGUUUUGGAGCUGAGAUUAGUAAUACCCUCAAUGCAAAGCGAAAAAGAAUUCAGAGCUUCUCGCAAGCUUCACUGAAAGCAAGUAGCAGAAAGUUUGAUGAGGUCUGGCGGAAACAGCAAAAUGAAAGGAGUGCGCAGUAUGAGGAGUUUUCCAAGCAAGUGUUACUUGUGCUAGGCCAGUGGGAGGCAGACCUCCAAAAAACUAGAGAGGUAGAGGAAAAGUUGGAGAGCAUGUACAAGCAGCAACAGAAACUGUUUAACCAGCAGCGUAUAGUACAAACACAGAGGCUGAAAAGAGUUCAGCAGCUGCAUGAGGACUAUGGUAAAAGUCUGAAGGAGCUAAGGAAGACACAUGAAGACCAACAAUCAAGUGUUCAAGAGCAGCUCAGAAAAGAAAUCAGUGGUCUACAAAAGAAGAUUCUAUCAGACACACAACAGCAAGAUCUAACAAAUGUGCGCAGAUCCUUACAAGCAAUGCUGGCUCAAGUAUAAACAAAUUAGCAUACUUAUACAGCUGAACUUACUGCUAGAAAGGGCAACAUUCUUGUAUAUACUGUAUCUUCUACAUACAGGAAAUGGCAAUUUAGAUUCAAUUUUGCUGUUUUAUUUACAAAAUUUACUUUGUACAUUCUAAGACAGAAUAAACCAUUCUUAGACCUUG